UAAAAAGGCGGUUUUUGAGACCAUAGUAAGGACUAAGGAGUUCAUAAGAUGUUUAGCAGGAAUCUAGGUGAGUCCUAAAGGAAAGAGUUUGGUGUUUCUCCUAGGAUAAUCUUUGUGAAAUGGAACAGGGAUCUGUGAGCAGGAUGCACAUCAGCUCGUCGAAUGAUCAACGCCUUUUAGCCAUAGGCCUCGGGCUUCUCGCAGUAAUGUCGCCUCUAUACAUCGACAGAAGGAGGAGCACAGAGCCCGACCCCGAUGAAGAAACUGUCAGCGUCGUCUCUUCCUACUUGCCUCUGCUGAUCUUGAUCACGGUCAUGGUCGUCGGGAUAGCUCGUGGGCUGAACAGAUUCUCGUCCUAUAGGAGGGUGGUGGCGAUAGGCGUGACUGUCGUUUCAGUAAUCUCCCCGCUGUACAUCGACAGGGAGGAGGCGGUGUACGAGGAGCAGUCUGCGAACGUGUUUUCUGUUGUGCAACCGUUUCUGUUGUUGGCUCUCAUCAUUGCCAUAGCCAUGUCUGGGUACUUUGAUAGAAGCUUUACCAGGUUUGAUCCAUACUGGAUUCACAGGGUGGGUGGUUCAUCAACUGGGAUUCUCAUUCUCCUACUUGUUCUUGCUUUGGUUUUGAAGUUUAAAGUUUAAAGUUUAGCCUCCCUCUCAUCUCUUCCAUGGUUUAGACUUUAAAGAAGAUAUAUAUAUCUAGCUAGUUCAUGGUGAUAAAUUAGUAAUCAAGAAAGGGUUUACAACUGCAAUUCAUGGCCAUAUUUCCUCUGUGUUAUAUCACACUUUCUCUAUUUCA